GCCCCCCUUUCCUUUUACUAUAAAUAGAGAAUACUUAUGAUCCUCUAAUUCAGCAAUCAGCACCAACCUACACAACCUUUUCCAAAGCCAACAAUAAAAGAACAAAAGCUUUUAUUUUCAUCAAAUACGAAGCUGCCUUAGAAAUGGAGUUGGAUCUUGGUCUCUCUCUUUCACCUCAUAGCUCUUCAAAGCUAGGGUUCGACUUUGACCUCAACAAGCAUUGUGUGAUGGAGGGUGCUGCGUCUUGUUUGGAUACCCAAAAACUGUGUUUUGAUGCGACGUUUGGGUUGGGGAAUGUUGAAGAAGAUUGUUAUAUGCCAAAACCGCGUUUGUUUGCCUUGAAUGGCCAGCCCAAUGAGGAAGACGAAGAUCCUCUGGAAUCCGAAUCUUCAAUUGUUUAUGAUGAUGAGGAGGAAAAUAGCGAAGUCGUGGGAUGGCCACCAGUAAAAACAUGUAUGAUAAAGUAUGGUAGUUAUCAUCAUCGUCAUAGUCGUAAUCAUCAUCAUUACCCGUAUCAUCAUCGUGAUAGAAGGAUCACGGUGAUGAACAACAACAUAUCUAAUCCAACAACGGCUACAGUCGGAUCAUCAUCAUCUUCGUCAACAUCAUCGAGAUCAUCAAUGUAUGUUAAGGUUAAGAUGGAUGGUGUGGCAAUAGCAAGAAAGGUGGAUAUCAAGCUUUUCAACUCUUACGAGUCCCUCACUAACUCCUUGAUCACCAUGUUUACCGAAUAUGAAGAUUGUGACAGAGAAGAUACAAACUAUACAUUCACCUUCCAAGGGAAAGACGGUGGCUGGCUACUACCAGGGGAUACUCCAUGGAAGAUCUUUGCGGAAUCUGUUCAUCGGAUAUCAAUAAUUAGAGAACGUCCGUGUGCAUAUACAAGAUGUUUGUUUUAAAGAUAGAAAGUUCAAAUCGGACUAUUAUAUUUAUUUUGUAAUGAAAAUGUUUAUCAUUAGAUUAUAAAUCCACUUGAUCUCUUUCCUCACU